AUGUCGGACUGGGAGGAGAGCAGCGAAGAGGAGGCGCCGCGGCCGCCGCCAUUUUGUGCGGUUGACGCUGCGCCUCUGAGGCAGCCGCCAGCGCCCGCCCGUGCCUCUGUGCAGGGCGCAGGGGGCCGAAGGAGCUCUGAGGCGGUAGCCAGGGCUGGGGGAGAAGAGUGGGAGCUUCGAGAUGCUGGAAGCCCCCGAGAUGCUGGAUGCUCCCGAGGCGUGGGGCAGGCGACGUGGUGGCGUCCGCAGGGAACCGCCAGCGGCAGGCCUCGGGCUGGCACACCGCCCCUCUGCUUCUUCAUCAGCAACGCACAGGUCGGGGCGCUAAUAGGUCGGGGUGGAACUAAAAUAAGAGAGCUUGAGGACUCCUCGGGUUCUAGGAUACAGGUUGUAAAGGGAGCCUUGGAAGCUGAAGUGAAGAUCUUUGGCAGUGCUGCUGUGCAAAACAAAGCCAAGAUGUUGAUUGAUGAUGCAGUCUCAAACUGUGGACAAAACAACACUAGAGGAAAAACCUUGGAUGUUAUCCAGCCUGAAAAUUCAACAAAAAAAGCAGUGAUUAACUGGGCCUCUCUUCGAGAAAACAGAGCUAAAUAUGAGGCUAUGAAGUGGGCAGACUUGCCUCCAAUUGAGAAAAACUUCUAUAAAGAAUCAUCGAGGACUGCAUCUAUGUCACCAGAAGAAGUGGAACUGUGGCGGAAAGAAAACAAUAACAUAAUGUGUGAUGACUUAAAAGAAGGUGAAAAGCGCUGCGUUCCCAAUCCUGUAUGUAAAUUUGAAGAUGUAUUUGAGGAUUAUCCUGAUAUCAUGGCUAAUAUAAGAAAAAUUGGUUUUCAGAAACCUACACCAAUUCAGUCCCAGGCAUGGCCAAUCAUACUCCAAGGAAUUGAUCUUAUUGGCAUAGCACAGACUGGUACCGGCAAGACAUUAGCUUACUUAAUGCCUGGAUUCAUUCAUUUGGCUUCACAACCAAUAUCCAAAGAUCAGCGUGGAGGACCGGGAAUGUUAGUUCUAGCUCCCACUCGAGAGCUAGCACUUCAAGUAGAGGCAGAGUGUUUGAAGUACACAUACAAAGGAAUUAAAAGUAUUUGCAUAUAUGGUGGUGGGGACCGAAAAGGACAGAUAAACACAGUUACCAAAGGUGUGGAUAUUGUCAUUGCUACUCCUGGGAGACUGAAUGAUCUUCAAAUGAACAACUUCAUAAAUUUGAAGAGCAUAACGUACUUGGUUUUAGACGAGGCUGACAAAAUGCUGGAUAUGGGAUUUGAACCUCAGAUAAUGAAGAUCCUAAUAGAUGUGCGGCCUGACAGACAAACCGUUAUGACAAGUGCUACUUGGCCUGAUGGUGUUCGUCGCCUAGCAAAAUCCUAUUUGAAAAAUCCUAUGAUUGUGUACGUUGGCACUCUUGACUUAGCUGCAGUAAAUACAGUAGAACAGAAAGUUGUUGUUACCACCGAGGAGGAGAAGAGAGCUUUCAUGAAAAGCUUCAUUGCCUCAAUGAAACCAAAAGAUAAGGUCAUCAUUUUUGUGGGAAAAAAACUUACAGCUGAUGACUUAGCAAGUGACUUUGGUCUCCAGGGAAUUCCAGUACAGUCUCUUCAUGGUAACAGAGAGCAGUGUGAUCGAGAACAGGCCUUAGAUGAUUUCAAGAAAGGCAAAGUCAGAAUCCUGGUAGCUACGGACUUAGCAUCCCGGGGCCUUGAUGUGCAUGAUAUUACUCAUGUUUUUAACUUUGACUUUCCUCGUAAUAUUGAAGAAUAUGUUCAUAGAGUUGGUCGUACUGGGAGAGCAGGUCGUACUGGGGAGGCAAUAACACUUGUCACUAAGAAAGACUGGAAGGUUGCAUCUGAACUGAUUGAUAUUCUGGAAAGAGCAAAGCAAGUAGUUCCUGAAGAGCUUAUUUCAAUGGCAGAAAGAUACAAAAAAUUUCAAAUGGAAAAAGACAUGGAACGAGAUAUACGAAGACCUCAAAGAAAGCCCCCAAACUAACUGUAAUCCAUUGGAGGUACAAAACAAAGUAAGUGAUUAUAGUGAAUGUAAGCAAUGUUUGUCAGUCCGACUUCAGAAUACUGUACUUUCACACUGAUAUGCCACAUCUGCAGGGCAUGAAAAAGUAUUUCAGAGGAUAACUAUUUGAAAACUGGUCUAUUUUCAGUAACUGAUGUUUGCCAAAGCAAGUAUUUUAUUUCCAAGCUAACACUAAAGGUCAUUUUUGAGAGUUCUCUCAAAAAAAGCAUGAGACAAGUCUGCAUUUCCUCCGAAUGGAGGAUGGCAUAACAAGAAGCAUGCAUUCAUGGCUAGAUGAAAAAAGCAGCUUUAGUGUUUCUACUCGGGGGGGGGGGGGGGGGUCGGUAACUGUCAAGCUUAAGGAAGAAGUGCACAGUUUACUAGAGUGAUGUUCAGAAAGUCAUAAAGAGAAUGAAUCUUAGGAAAAUAUACCUUUGAAGGUCAGCUUCCUUUCAGAUAAUGUUGAUUCGUAUUUUAUGCUUGGAUGUCAGGUUCUGUCUCCCCUACCGUUGAUGGUAACGGGGCAUGUUUUCACGCGUUGGAAGUUCCUUGGAAGGGGCUAUUACUGUACAAAUGAUAUUUGGUCUGAACUUGGGUUUAUUCAGGUCAUGUGAGUAAGUGGAAAAUUAAUAAACUGAAUCUAGAGA